AUGGGAGAAGAAGUAGAUGGAGGAUUUUCGCCAGCAGUCGAAAAUGAUCAGAACAUGGAAAAAGAAGGAAAUGCAGGAUCUUCGCCUGCAGCAGUGGAAAAAGAUCAGAACAUUGUCGAAGACCGAGACCGAAAAUCUUUGCCAUCAUUGGAGAAAGAUCAGAAGGUGGGAGAAGAUGGAGAUGGAGAAUCUUCUCCAGUAGUGGAAAGAUAUGAGAAUGUGGGAGAAGAAGAAGAUGGAAAAUCUUCCCAAGAAGUGGGAAAAGAUCAGAACAUAGGAAAAGAAGAAGAUGGAGGAUUUUUGCCAGUGGCUGAAAAUGAUGGAAACACGGGAGAAGAAGAAGAAGAUGAAGAAUCUUCUCCAGUUGUUGAGAAAGAUCAAAACAUAGGAGUAGAAGAAGCAGAAAAAGAUGGAGGGUUUUCGCAGGGGCCGUUACCUUUUGGUGAAGUUCAGACUGCGAUGGAUUAUUUACAAAGUUUGGUAAAGGGUGAAGCUAGAUCCGGCAAGGAGUCAAUCAUCGUCUCUCCCGACUCAAACAUUGUGCUGAAAUCAGGCCGUGCAAGAUUCAACAAUGCCCUAGAUUUGCUCCAAAAAGAACCUGCAGUCGAGAAUUUGGUUGUCAACAUAUCUUCUGACAAGGGUUUCUGGAAUGCUAUCAUGAAGAACGAGGCUGUUCAGAAUCUCCGAAGCUCCAUUUCUAAAGAACGAGAUACACAGCUCGAAAUGAAGGAAUCUACUGAAGGACCCGAUAUGAAAACCAGGGUUUUGGGGUGGAUUCAGGAGAUGAUUACGAGGUCAAAGAUACGAGAAUUGAUUGAGAAAAUUGGUGCGAUGUUGGCCGAUCUAUUUGUUGCUAAGCAUAAAGAUAAGCCCAUAUCAGACCUCAAUGAUCUUCAGGAAGAAAGGAUUAGGUCCUCGUUCCUGCUUUCAGUGGUCAUUAUUUUCAUAAUUGUUCUCACAAGAAACAAUUGA